AUGAGAACAGGCCCAGCAGAAGGGACCCCGGGCAUCCAGGCUGUGGCUCUGCUGUCCUCCAUGGGAGACCGCAGUCCUUGCAGGAAGAAAGGCCCUGCAACUGGCAGCCAGAAACUAGCCUUGGACAGAUUGCAGAGGCUAGCCCGAGUGAUAGCCGUGCACAAGGCUGUGUUCCUCCCAGCCCCAGCUGUCGAUCCUGGAUCAGGCCCUGGCGCCCUUCUCAGCCCCUUGGACACCCAAGAGAGGGCACAUGAGCCACCCGUUGAGGAAGGGAAGGCAAAUGUGGAAGAAGAAGAGAAAGGGGAUCUGCCUCCUGCCACAGACCAAGCCCCCAACAGGCUCCUGGGGCCUCAGGACUCCACUCUAGGUCCCAGGACUGGGAAAAGGUCCAGGAAUCCCAUCCCUGAAGGGUGUGCUGGUGCUUUCCAGGACCCAGAGAGUCCAGCAGCAGGGGCCCUGCCUAUGGGAGAGCCCUGUCCUCAGGAGACAGUGCUCCUGAGCCUGUCUGAGUAUGCUCCCCACCUGCCCAGGAGUCAAAAACCCCAGAGGGGCCAAGGGAAGAGCAGCCACCCAGCUCUUCGGGCCCAUGUAAAGCAGCCCACCCAAUAUUGGUGGGGAAAAAAUGCCAAAGGCCCACCUUGGAACCACGCUGCACAUAUCCCUGGAGUUCAGCCCCUGGGCCUAGAGGGCUUCACUUGCUCGGGAUCCUGCCCAUGCAGACACCUCUGUUCCUCCUCUGAGACCCAGGUAUCUAGAAAAUGCUUCAACCUGAGAAAGCUGUCAUACGGCAGGGUGGUGGCAGAGGCUAUCCCGAGUGGCUGCAGUAGGCAUUUGGAGCCACACAAAGGAUCCAUGCAGUCCUCGAUGUUACACAGAUCCCACAGCAAUGACAGCAGAUCCUACAGCAAGAACAGAGAACAGGCCAGCACGGCUGGAGAAGAACUGAGGAGGCAGAGGAGGACACAUCGUGAGAGGCCUGGGACUUUGGUGGAGCCUGCACACUCUCAGAACUCAGUUGCCUCAGGGAGCCAUGCAGUUCUGACAAUGGAGAAGGUUCUCUUGUUUCUAAAGAGCCACACUGAGCCCUGGCUAAGCUUCAGCUCUGUGUGCUUAGAUACUGUCCCCAACUGCAUCUUUCUGAUUGUGGUGGGGCUGCUGCUUCUCUACCUUUGCUACCUGCUGUUACCAACCAAGAUUAUUAGAGCCCACAAGCAGAUGCUGGAGCCCAAGCUCUGUCCCCAGGACACAGGGUCCUCUGAAGAGUACAGAUGGGACAGGUGGUCACAGAUCCUGUGCCAGCAAAGGUCGUCCAACUCAUCGGAGCAGAACCAAGAGGAGGAGGAAAGGUGGAACACUUACAGUGGUCCUGCCUACAACUUUAUGUUUCUUGUCUCCUACAGCCCCCUGGGCCACCACCAUGACAGUACACACUUCCGUCACAUGUUGUGUCCAGACCUCUCAUGUGAGGUGUGUAACAGAGCAACAGCAGAGAUCCAGCAGCUGUUGUCCCAGGGGUCCCUGCAAGAUGCUGCUCUCUCUCAGUAUUUUUCACCAUCCUCUGAUUCUAUGAUCGAAUCCUCAGUAAGUCUCACCUCUGACCUCUUGGCAAUUGCUCCAGGAGACCCAAUACCACCCCCUGUGCCUGAGCCUUCUCCAUCUCCCUGUUCAACUCUCUCAACUAACCUGGACACCUCCUUGGAAGACUUAAUUUCCUCCUCAAAUCUUGGUGACUUUCUGCCUCCAGAGCCUAUUCCUGGCUUGGAUUUCUCAUUCCCAGGGGGACAUUUCCCAACACAGCCACUUGGCAUUCUCCCUCCUCCACCUUGUCCAGGCCAGGGAACAGAUCCUGUUCUCCAAGGAGAAGUCACAGUGACUCUGGAGGACAGCAUUUGUGGGUUGCCCACCCAUGAGCCAAAAAACAAAGCCACUCAAUCUCCUGACAUGGCAACAUCAGAAAUCUGUCCUCAAGGUCAUACCAAGGACUUGUCCACCUCAAACUGGGCACAAGGAGAUGCCAAGCAGAAUAAUCUUGGCCUCCAUUCAUCCCAGCCAUCCAUUGGGAUUGAUCCUGCAGUCAACCUUCCAGGUAGUCUAUUACUUCUCAGUCCAGAUACCCUGGCACUCCUAGAGAAACAAGUCAGAAAGAGGGGUGAUUUCCUGAUACACGAGGAAAAGGAAAAGACAACAGGACCUUUUCCAAAACAACAUAGACCAGAUGUCCUACUUCGUUCUCCAGGGAAAAUGCUAGAGUCAAUUUCUGUCAAGCAUGACUCAGCAGUCUCCCUUCCUUUUUGGAGCAGUGAUGACAAACCACAGGAGCUGCAGAUGAUUCAGCAGCCAGUAUCUCCUAAGAUGUUUGAGUUCCAUCUACAGAGAAAAUGUAUCCAACUCACCUGGGGUCAACCAGCUCUGAACCAUGACUUCCUUUACCCUGCUGGCCUUGUCUCAAGUGGUUGUUCUUCAACCCUAAUCGUCUUCAGUAGUAUGCAGGACAGCUCCACAGACCAGGAACCCCCAGCACUUCCAGAUCCCCCACCCCUGUCUGAGCCUGAGAUCCAAGCUCAACCCCUGCUGCAAGCCAUGCCCCAACCCCAGCCCCAAAUUCUCACUGAAGACCAACCUCAAUCCUUUCUCCUGAACCUGCCACCCUCUCCUGUACCUCAGUAUAACCCCUGUGGUGUACAUUUCCUUGGACUCCCAAAUGAAGCAGAGGCUCUCAUGCCAUCUGAAAUCCAACACUUGGAAUGUCACUUGUUGACAAAAAAGCAGGAAAGUUUGUGGGAUAUACCCUCAGCGGUCCUUUUGUCUCAGAAAGACUUUUGUCCUCCUGCUCCCAACCUAUCCUUGACAAGCCAGUCCUCCAAAGCUUGCAUUCCAAUCUGCAUUCUUAGUAGAGAUUUUUCCCUUCACAGUGAGAUUCGGGAGAAACUAGAGCACCACCUUCGAAAGAGGCUAAUCCAACAUCGGUGGGGCCUUCCCCGCAGGGUCCAAGAGUCUCUGUCAUUGAUUAACCCUCAGACAGACAUUCCUGAGAUAUCUGAAUCAAUGGGCAAUAAGAGACUCUCAGGAGGGUAUUUGUUUAUGGGUCAGAAGAGCACAGAUGCAAUGGAUUUGGGAUUCAGAAAACCUGGCAAUUUCUAUGAAAGGACCUCAGAAAUGCUUCCUCUAGAAAAACAUGCGAGGAAGUCCCAGGGCCCUGUUUUGAAGAGUGGUUCAUAUGAUCAUCUAAUUAAUGAUGCAGAGAAGUCUUCAGAUAUGAGUUCGUGGUCUGUCUCUGAGAGAGAAAGUCACAUGGUAAAUCUUUCUGGACAUAGUUCAAGAGUCUCAGGGAUGAGUGUAAAUCAGAAACAACUUGAAAAUGCCUUGAAAGCCCAUUUGAGCAAAAAAGUUAUGCAAAUCAAUGACAGUCAGAUCCCUAUGAGUGUAUAUAAUUCAUGGUAUUCUAUCAAACAACCAUUGCCUCUCCCUGAGAAAUCAUAUAACCAAGAGGAACGCAAUGACUUGGCUCAGUUGGUGAGUGUAGACAGUAAUAUCAAUACCUCCUCUGAGAUUUCCUUCCUUUGUUCCAGCAAGCAAAAGACAUUGGAAGACCAUAUCAAAAGUUUUCGCAAAAGGAUAAUGUGGGGACUUCCCAAAAAAAUCCUUGAAUCCAUAGAAAUCUUUAAAACAAAAGGGAACCCAUCCCAGUGCAGUUGUCAUUCACACUUUCCCUCCUCAACCAACUUUAUCUCUGAGGUUGAUUCCCAAGGUGGAGUCUCCAAACCCAUCAGAAGAAGCUCCAGAUCUUCACAGGGAGACAAGUUGGAAACAACAGUCUCUGGCCCCAGUCUGGAUUUCACUGUCCCCGUCACCUCACCUGUGUGCAAGGAAAGACUGAGGGAAAUGAGGCAGAUACCCUGUGAUAUCUCUCAGGAGCCUGUAGGAAACAUUCAGGGAUUUCAGGAUUGCAGGCAGCAUUUUCUGUCUUGCACAGACAGCAUCAUUGACAAAGCAAAACAGAAACCUCCCAAAUUAACAAAUAGAAGUAGACCAAUGCUGCCCACAAGGCAGGAUGGGGAUAUACCGGAAUCAUAUGCUAAGAAAGAGAGCUCUACAAAUAGAACUGAAAGGCUUCAGAGCAAAAAUAUGCAGAAUUUAGAACAUUUUCCCACAUAUAUCAUGUACAGGGAGAUAUUCAAGGCAAAGGAACUUUGUUCUCCCCCAUCUCCAUGUAGUAAAACCUUGAAAACCAAUGAGCCAAAAAGCUCCCCAGUAAUAGGUGUGACUUUGGAAAAAACACAAACUACCCUGACAACUAAACAUACCCCACCAACACUCUCUGAACCCAGAGAUCCUGAACUGUCAGACCUUAAAAAUCUUCUGCUUUGUGAGUUAAAGUUGAAGUUGGCUAACAGAGAUUGUAGCCAGGCCCAUAGCCAUCCCACUGACAUGCCUCUGGCCUCAGAGAACUUGAAACCCAAGCCUGUUCUGACAUAUACCCAAGGCAUCUACCCUGGACACACACCCCCUUCCCAGGUGCUGCAUGUCCAUAUGGACAACACAAGGAUCAGGAGGGAGCAGAUGCAGGAGCCCUGUGUCCCUGUGUGUGCCUUUUGGAAGGACCAGGAUAAGAAUCUCCCAGCAGCUUCAAAGACAGUAAGCCCUCCAGAAUGCAAACCAGAAGAGCUUGGUGGAGGAGAUGCAGGGUUAGGGCCAUCCCAGCCCAGAAGGAGGAUCCAUGCUGCUCAAGAUGGGACAGUGAAGGACAUGCUUGAGAGCAAAUAUUCCCCAACCCAGCCACUGAAGGGGCGGCCCCCUGCUGAAAGCCAUUUCAGAAAACGGAUGAAGCACUUUCUGCAGUGGAUUUGGCCUAGCAGAAGAUGUGAAGGGCAAAAUCGUUUCCUGGAACAGGGAAGUUCCCUAUCAUCUGAGCAGAGCAGGGGCCCAGGUAAAAAUCAAGCCACCUGCAUUGGGAACACUGAGGUUCAACCAGUGAAGCCAGCUAGUGGGAAGGUUCCAGGGAAGAAGCUGGGGCGUGAUCACGGAACAGGUAAGACCUGCCACCAAGUGCCCCUUUCCACCCAGGUCAAAUUUAGCAAAGCUCAGCGGCAGGCAGAAUUGCAGAUCGGGGCAGCACCUGUCCAGGGCCAUCCCUUCAAUCACAGGGUCACUUCCUGUAAAGGGACAAGUACCAAGUCCUGCCGCCAAGAAGCUGCAUUUGCUGGCCAGAGUUACCCUGCAAGGAAUACACAAAUGAAACACAGAGACAGAGAGCCCAAGAAAGUCGUGCCAUUCAGGGACCAGCUAUGGUGUCAGAGGUACCCCUCGGCUGUGUCCCAGAGGGAGCCUGUGCCACUUCCAAGCCUGACCUGCAGGUGUCAGGAGCGCCGUGGGACACAGUCACGGGGUUACAACAACGUACACACGCUUGACCAGGAGCAGAACCCCGAAACUCUGCACAGAGCGCAGCGGCUCAAACUCGCCCUCCACGCGUCCACUGCCCCGAGCACCGGGCGGUCUUGGCGCUCUGGUGCUCCCCGGGGAACACGGCCCGCCUUGUCCCGAGGCGUCCAGUUUGUGUGUCUGGACCCGUGUGGGAGUUCCCUGAGGGGCAGAGCAAGGGGCUCGCCCUCGUUUCUCCCAGCUGCGCCCUGUGCCCUGCAGAGAAGCAGCUGCACGGGCGCAGGAGAGGCAGUGCGCAGCCAGGCUGCCCGAGGGCUCCACGCAAGCCGCCGGCAUCGCGGCUCCCCCGGCGGUGGCGCUUCCACCCCGGCCUCCGUGCUCUCAGGAGCAGGAUCGCGAAGCCGGCUCCAGGGCUCAGCGCCCUCGCUGGCAGCCCCCAGCACACGCGGAUCCCCGGCGCUGCGCUCACCCUGGUCCCCACUUCCCAGAAGGAGGCGGCGGCAUGAGAAGCAGCUGCAACGAGAGCCACGCGUUAGGACUGCGACGCGGACCCUGGACGACUAG